AAAAAAUUAUACAACCAGCACAGGUAACUUCAUAUUUCCCUAGUUCAACAAAACCAGUCCUUAUCACCGCUCGCUUGUCUAGAAACAAAUCAUACAAGCCUACUUCACAAGGAGACCAUCAUGUUCACUAACUGAAUCCUAUAAAUUUCCCGAGUACCCGUAUCUUCCCUGAUCUUCUACCUUCUACAUUCCUAUCAUGGUCCGAUCUUAGUUGAUAACAUCUUUUUCCGGAAAUUUGGCAAUUCCUAUCCCUCAGCGCUCCAUGCCGCACGACUCACUAAUCGAACCAUAUACUACUUCCCCUCUCAUCUCUUCAUACUCAAUCAAUGCCUCCAAAACGAAAAACCGCAGCAAAGGGCGCUCCUGCUGCCCCAAAGGCGGCUCCAGCGCCCCCCAAGGCAACUCCUCUUGCCCCAGUCCAAAAUAAUAUACCAAAACCACCAACGCCAGCUGUCAAACAACCUGCACCCCCUCCUCCUCCUCCGCCGCCACCCCCACCCGUCGAGACUCCUUCAGACAAAGUACGCAAGGAAUGGCAAAAUUUCAUCUCAACUUGGUACGAGCCAGAGAAGAAGAAACUCGUAGACCAACUCACCAAAGAGUUGGACGCCAAAUAUAAGAAAGCAAACUCUAGAAUCCAACAAGCAGCUCGUAACGCAGACAAGGAGAAGAAACUCACAGAGAUUGCAACUCAACUUGCUGAACCUGCUCAUGAGGAGUGGAACAAUCGUCUCGCUGCUGUGCAGCUCCUCGUAGACGAUUGGACAGAUAUCACUGACCAGGAACAGCAGUCCGUCAUCGACGUCUUCAGUGCAUUCUAUGAUGACAACGAGGAAGACGACGAUUCCAACCCCUUCGACUCCAAUGAAACAGAGGAGUCGGUGGCGUCGGCAGUUGAAGAACCUCAACUUCCAGAUUCUUCACCUUUCUUCACUAUCCGCCAAUCACCUCCUACCCCGGUUUCAGCCAACUUCCAGCUCGUCAAUCCCUCUUCGUUUUUCACAGACUCUAUUUCCUCCGCAAACCAAGCAAGAAAACUGCCGGAGCUUGCCAUGGAUAACCUCGCAACACUCAACAACCUGAACACAGGCCCGAGCACCAGCGCAGUAUUCGGCUUCCAAUCCUGGGCCUCUGAAAUCGGCUUAGCAGUCCCACCAGCAAUCUCCCAACCCACCCGAAAUCGCGCCACCGAUAACAUCUCACGCCAAGCAUCCGCAUCUGCAGCGUCUUCUCCCCUAUUCUCCUCCACGACGGCCCCCCACCACUCCCCCCCACCCAAAAUAUCCCCCCUAGCUGUCACCAACAAUCUUCCCCCAGGCAAACGCUACAUCGGGCCUGUUAUCGCCGAAGAGGAAGCCGAGCCGAUCGACGAAGACCUUCUCAAAGCGAAGAUGGCGGCCGAUUUCCUGGCAUUCAAGAUGGAACAAUUCCACGCCAAGGCAUCUGCUAUCGAGAUCGAUCUCGUCAAGCAGCUGGAGAGCAACAAUAGCUCAAGGGAGUGCAGACUCCGCACCAUGCAUGAACACGAGGAGAACAUGAUGUCGCUUCGCGAGUCCAAGGAGAUGGAGAGGAAGAAGCUGUGCGACAAGGAACGUGAUCGGAGGUUGCAGGAACAUAGCUUCCGUCAGCAAGUCGCUGCACAGAAGGCGAUCAAUCAGACGCGCUUGAACGCGAGCGCUUCGUCUUCGAAGAUACCUCCUGCCACGCAGACAGGAUGGACGACUCAUUCCGCUCCUAAACUCGCUAGCCAAAAAGAGAACCUCUCCACGGGCAGCUUGCCCACUAAGCUUGAUCCUCCCAGCAUUCUCAAGAAGUCUGCUAGCGCACGCUCUCAUGAUAUCAUACCCGGCUUUGACGAAGCUGCGUUCUUCAAGGCUCAGGCAGAAGCUGCGAGCUUGGCUAAAGGCAAACAGCCCACCGCCACCGCGUCCGCGUCCAUUCCCCUCGGCAGACCUAGCGCGCUCAAAAAGACAGAAAGCACAAGCUCGCAGGAAGAGCUCGUAGAGCUCGUCGUCCCAGCCCCACCUCCCACCGCGUCCUCCAGUGCCGCAAAGGGCAAAAAGGCAAAGAAGACGCCAGCUGUCACCCAAACGUCGAAAACCGUCACUUUCAACGAAGAGCCCGAUACCGAUGCAGAGCCUCCUCCAGUUUGGGGUGCAAAGGGCGCGCGGGCCUCGUUGGCUUCCAAGCCUUCCAAGUCUGUCAUGAUUGAGGAGGAGCCUGAUGAAGAUGCUGAUCCCUUCUCUGCGUGGAACGCCAAAAAUGCACGGGCUACCACGCCGUCCGCGUCUUCUAAGAAGGGCAAGGCUGCAGUCCUUGAAGAGGUGUUUGAUGAGCCAUCUCCUUCUGUGCCCUCUGCUUUCGGCUGGGGUUCGGCGGCGACGACGACGACGACAAAGAAAGGCAAAGCCCCGAUUGUGUCCGCAGAACCCGUCGAAGAACCUUUCCAGACGUGGACCGCCCCAGCGAAGAAAGGCAAAGCGCCGAUCGUGUCCGCAGAACCCACGGAAGAACCUUUCCAGACGUGGACCGCCCCGGCGAAGAAAGGCAAAUCUCCGAUCAUAUCCGCAGAGCCCGUGGAAGACCCUUUCCAGAUGUGGACCGCCCCGACAUGGGGCUCAGCACCGACUAAGAAAGCAAAGGUCACUGUCACGGAAGAGUUUGAUGAAGAAGCAGGCCCAUCGCUGGGUUGGGGUGCGGGGCUCAAGAGUGCGUCGUCCGCGAGCAAACAGGCGAAGAAGGUGGUACCGCAGCCGGAGGCCCCGCGCAGCGUUCAAUCCUCCUUUUCGAAAACUGCUUGGGUCCAAGAUGUCGGCGAGGAAGAAGAGGAGGAAGAAGAGGGAGAGGAAGAGGAAGGAUGGGACCAGAUCCAGCCCUCGUCUGCCACAGAUACCACUGGUGAAGAGGGCGACGCAUGGGGUGCUGCCUACUGGGGCAACCUCACCAACGGCCAGCCCGUCUCCCAAGUUGCAGACGAAUCCGCACAACACAUGCGAUGGACCCCAUCAAUGGAUGCAGAAGAGAGCGGCGACGAAGACUCGGGUGACAUGGAGGAAAGCAUGGGCAGUGCCCUCUGGAUGCAAUACGCCAUCAGCGGAGGCGACGUUCCUGGCUUCGAAGCUCAGGCUCCUGACCCGCAAGAGCACGUUCACGCCCACGCACACGUUCCUGUGAAAACUACCCCCGCUCCUUCCCACAAAAAAACCACCAACGACCCAACCACGAGUAUCUGGGAACAAGGAAAAGGAAAGAAAAAAAUAGCACCUGCAAACGAGACGAUCAAGCAAGCGUCCGCGUCAUCCAGCGCUCGGACGGCCCAAUGGCCCAAGGCCAAAAUGGAAAUGGAGAACUGGGCUUCUCGCCUAGGCCAAAGCUCAGGCUCCGCUAGACAUUUGUAAUUUGUUUUUGUUUUUGCGUCAUGACAGGGGAAGAAGACGGACCGGGGACGACUCGCGAUUAUUACUCUAAUGCUGUGGUCACUGUUUGAAUUGUUUUUUCUUUGCUAUAUUGUUUUCGUGGCCUACUGGUUGGGUCUUGCUUUUAUCGUAGUAUUGGCUCUCUUUGAAUAAUGUUCCGAGUUUUAUGUGUAUCUGUCGUCACAAGCAAUUUGCAUCGUCGUUGGUCCUUUGGGCUUUAAUGUUUCAAUGA